AUGGCGGCGGUGGCGGCGGGCGCCGCGGGCUCGGCGGCCGGUGCGGCCCCUCAGCAGCAGCCGCCGCCUCAGCAGCAGCCGCAGCAGGCGGCGGGCGGCGCGGCGGGCUCCGGGGAGGCGGGCGGGGGCGGAAGGGGCGACGCGGGGGGUGGCGGCGCCGGCGGUGCCGGCGCUGGGCCCGGCCCUGGCCCCGGACCCGGCCCGGGGUCGGGGUCGGGCGGCGGCGGCGCGGCCGGGGGCGAGUCGUGGUACCUGGCGCUGCUGGGCCUGGCCGAGCACUUCCGCACGUCGAGCCCGCCCAAGGUGCGGCUCUGCGUGCACUGCCUGCAGGCCGUGCUGCCCCGCAAGCCCCCGGCCCGCAUGGAGGCCCGCACCCACCUCCAGCUCGGCUCCGUUCUCUACCACCACACCCGCAACGGCGACCAGGCCCGCGGGCACCUGGAGAAGGCGUGGUUGAUAUCGCAGCAAAUUCCCCAGUUUGAAGAUGUUAAGUUUGAGGCAGCGAGCCUUCUGUCCGAACUGUAUUGUCAGGAGAAUUCGGUGGAUACUGCAAAGCCUCUGUUACGCAAAGCCAUUCAGAUCUCACAGCAGACUCCGUACUGGCACUGUAGACUACUUUUUCAACUUGCACAACUACAUACACUUGAAAAAGACUUAGUAUCUGCAUGUGACCUUCUAGGAGUUGGAGCAGAGUAUGCUCGGGUAGUGGGGUCAGAAUAUACCAGAGCACUGUUUCUGCUAAGCAAAGGGAUGCUUCUUCUAAUGGAACGAAAGCUGCAGGAAGUGCACCCUCUCCUUACCCUCUGUGGGCAGAUAGUUGAAAACUGGCAAGGAAACCCCAUCCAGAAAGAGUCGUUACGUGUAUUCUUUUUAGUUCUACAGGUGACACAUUACCUGGAUGCAGGGCAGGUGAAAAGUGUGAAGCCAUGCCUAAAACAGCUUCAGCAGUGUAUUCAGACCAUAUCCACUCUGCAUGAUGAUGAAAUUCUACCCAGCAACCCUGCAGAUCUCUUUCACUGGUUGCCCAAGGAACACAUGUGUGUACUUGUAUACCUGGUGACAGUGAUGCAUUCCAUGCAAGCAGGGUACCUGGAGAAGGCUCAGAAGUACACAGACAAAGCACUCAUGCAGCUAGAGAAGCUAAAAAUGUUGGACUGCAGUCCCAUCUUGUCAUCUUUCCAAGUUAUUUUGUUGGAACAUAUUAUCAUGUGUCGGCUUGUGACAGGACACAAAGCCACAGCAUUGCAAGAGAUUUCACAAGUCUGUCAGCUCUGCCAGCAGUCUCCCAGACUGUUUUCUAAUCAUGCUGCCCAACUGCACACUCUAUUAGGGCUCUACUGCAUUUCUGUUAAUUGCAUGGACAAUGCAGAAGCACAGUUUACUACAGCAUUGAGGCUCACUACACACCAAGAACUGUGGGCAUUUAUUGUGACAAACUUAGCCAGUGUGUACAUCAGGGAAGGCAACCGGCAUCAAGAGCUUUACAGCUUAUUGGAAAGGAUAAAUCCAGACCAUAAUUUUCCUGUGAGCUCUCACUGUCUUCGAGCAGCAGCUUUCUACAUCCGAGGUCUGUUCUCCUUCUUUCAAGGAAGAUACAAUGAGGCAAAACGAUUUUUGCGAGAGACACUGAAAAUGUCAAAUGCAGAAGACUUGAAUCGAUUAACAGCAUGUUCUCUUGUACUCCUGGGUCAUAUAUUCUAUGUAUUAGGGAAUCACAGGGAAAGUAAUAAUAUGGUAGUACCAGCCAUGCAGCUUGCAAGCAAGAUACCAGAUAUGUCUGUGCAGCUGUGGUCUUCAGCUCUGUUGAGAGACCUGAACAAAGCCUGUGGAAAUGCUAUGGAUGCACAUGAAGCAGCACAGAUGCAUCAGAACUUCUCACAGCAGCUCCUUCAAGACCACAUUGAAGCAUGCAGUCUUCCAGAACAUAAUCUAAUCACGUGGACAGAUGGACCACCUCCUGUACAGUUCCAGGCACAGAAUGGACCCACCACCAGCCUGGCCAGUCUCCUGUGAAACAGAAUAACUAUCAGGACAGUGCGUUAAAAAAAAUGCCAAAAAGAGAAAAAUUCAUGCAAAAUCUUUUCUUCAGAGAAAAGCCAGCAUAUUCCUCUUCUAGCGAGGGCCUUGUAGGAAACGGAUUGCAUAAAGAAAAUGUACAUUUCAUAGACUUGCAAAGUGAGAAGGGCAUUUUAAGCUGCUUUUACAUAAUGUGUGUGAAUAUACAGCUAGUGUGUAUAUAUAUACCUUCUGGUUUUAAUCUGCUUUCCUCUUAUUGAGAAUUAAGGUUUAGUCCAAAGGACACUUGUUCCUUAAAUUGGUUAGAUACCUGCUUUUUAAAAAUUGUCACAGAAAAUUAAGAGGACUUUGGCAUACCAGUUGUACUCUAGUAUUUAAACCUUCCCUGAAGUACGAUGCAUGCCAUUUUUAAUAUUUUCUGUGCCCUUCUACUCCUGGGAACAAUUGGAUUAAAUCAUGAUUGAUUAUAGGGUGCCCCAAAAAUUCAAAAUUUAUUUUCUGAGAUGAUAUUCGUUCCUUCUCAUUGUCUGUAAGCUAUUGCCAGUGCUUUUUGUAGCCUCGCAAUGAAGGUAACAAUGAGAUCAGUGAGAUUAAAGUUCUGACGGGUGGGGUGUUUGCAGGCAUGGGAAUAUGUUGGGUUCUUCCGGAUUGACUCCAGGCUGAGCGGAGCAGGCUCACAUUGUUGUUAGAGGAGCAGAUUCUGUGUCCUGCAUUCAGUCAGGCCCAUGAAUCUGUGAUACGUGCCACCACUUCAUCCCUAUGUGGGUCUUCCCUCUACCUUCCUGCAAUGAUGCCCAGUACCCCCCAGGGUAAGGUAGAACCACAGCUCUCUCCAUCCCUGUUACUAUGUGGUGGUUGGUACCUGAGGAGCAAAUUUAUCAUCCUCCUAUCUAGUCCUAACGUAGGCCAAGCAAGCAGGAAACUGCAUUUUGCAUCUUCACUGCAGCCUCACCAAGGCAAGGCAGCAUCUGUGCCUUACUGAUCUUUCUACAAAUUAUUAAAGUGAGUGUUAAACUGCGUCGUUACCACCCAGGUCUGACACGAGUGAGAGGCGUAUGAUAAAAAUUAAACCAUAGUCUUGCAUUUGGCAAAAUCUUAAGUUUCCAAGCUUUCUGUUAGCUUUCUUGUUUUAUCUCAUUUUUUUAAACUCUCCAGCUGUGAAGUCUCACUGCAUUUGCCUGUGCCUCUGCAGCUGUCUCAAAAUAGGAGAGAUAUGGCCCAAGUUUGUCCUACAGAAAACCAUAUGGGAAUUGCUAAUUCCUUGAAGUCUCAGCAGCUUUAUAGCAAAGAUUUGUGCCAGUCCAUUGUAGUGUGUUGUAAAGCUUGUGAGGUUCGUGGGGUCAAAUAAAGCUGUUUUUCUCUGUUGGUAGCUCUGCAUAUUUAUCUCCCAACUUAAAAGGGGGAGGGGAAAGGAAUCUGCUAGAUGAAGUAGGGCUUUCUGUAAUUACUUUUUUUGAGAGAGGAAGAGAAUAUUUAAGAGGAAAUAUUUGACCCCUCAAGCCUUUAGGACUUAUUCUAGAAGGAAUACUGUGAAAUCUGUCUUUAAUGGCCAUUCUUUCUCAAAAUCUUGUCCCUUGUCUAGCAAUAGGUCAUACAGACACUUGCUUUUUAUAAUUCAAACCCCUCAGUUUGAACCAUUGAAUAUUAAAUGGACAAGAACUUGUCCAAGUACCAAAAUAGGAUUUUACGCUUCCUCUACUGAACAUGCAGUGCUUAUUUUUCUCAGAAACUUACUAUUGCAGAAGCCAUGUGAAUUUUAGGCCUUGUAAAAUCUCUAACAAGGAAAACAUGGCCUCCGCAUCAGUAUAAGGAGAGAAUUUUUAUUACUGGGUUUGCAAGAAACAAACGUCAAUACAGUUUAAGGUCUCGUGUGUUCCUUAAGAACUCUGAGAAUAGGAAAGAAAUCUGUGAGGUCCGUUAGCUGGCAGAGUAUUUUGAUAUAUCAAAUAUAGGGAGAAUCUAUGCUUCUGAUAGACUUGUGCAGAUGGUUACUGUUCCGUAUCACUUGCCAGUGUCAUUCUUUGAGAUAAAGUAUUUCUUGUCUGCCACCUGGCUCUUACGAUCCGUCCUGAAUACGGCUCUUGUACCCUAGAUGGCUUGUUUCUUUGAAUUGCAGAACUUACGGUCAGCAUGCUGCAGCCCUCCCGCGGAAGCUGCCGGGCUCGCAGCACUGGGGCAGGAGCCUGUCUCCGCGCCAGAAGCCUUGGGGGCAGCACACCGCUCGCAGGGCCUCGACUGCAGCCAAGAGAGGGUCGCUUCGUGCUCCUUCCACUGCUGGUCUCUGAGGCCCCUGCGCUGUGCUGCAGGCAUCUGUCCAUGAGAGACAGAACAAUUGCGUUGUCUGAACUGCUGUCGCCUGCUUGGGUUUUGAUCAGAAGCGAUCAGGUAAAUCCCACCUUAGGAAUGCUGAUAACACACGGACUAUUUUAAAGUUCUCCCUUUUCUUUUUAAGCACCCACCAGCCUCCCUUUGGUAUGGGGAACUAUUUCUCUUUGGCUCUUCUCUUCCCUUGAAGACCCCCCGUAAGCCACUCAGUAGUUGCAAGAAUUCAGUUCCUGUUUUUAAGCAUCUAAAUAUAAUGGCCGUUUUCUUGAUGGUGCUCUUAAGUUUUUAGUGGGAACAGCUGGGGAAUGUCUAGUAACUGAAAAAGAUGAUAGUACCAAUAUACUUCAAAAUUUGCUAGUCUCAUUCUAAUAAUCCAAGCACUUUUUAAAAUCUUUGUUCAAUCUGGGUCUAUUUAAUUAUUCAAAUGUCCAUGGCAACUAUAAUAAGUUAAUUUAAAUGUUAGUCAAAAAGCGCUGCUUCUAUAAGGCAAUGUUUUUUAAAAAGAUACCUAGAGAGCUGUGGUUUGGGCUUAGUUUAAGAAAACGUUUUGCAGCUAGCAAGAUGUCUGCUAGUGCUCAUUCAGGUAGCUGCAUCUCCCUGACCUUUCAGCUCGGGGACUUGCAGAGUUGAGAUCGAGCGUUACGGGAAAAUGGUUUGCAGUGGCUGUUUUCUGGCUUCUCGCUGUCAUUACUUCUGUGCAAACUAGGCUGCUUCGUAGUUCAAAUCUCUUGCCAGUCUGUUCUCAGGAGGGAAGGAAGUACUUAAGGGAAAGGCUGCCUGCUUGCUUCUGAUGUUAGUGCUCUCAGGUUCUUAAUAGGAACCACUCACUAAAUGUGGUGGCUGAACUUGUAAAAUUAGGAAGAACAACCUGGGGAUUCCCAGUUUCUGUGACAAGCCAGCUUCACCUGGAGGUUUUUUCUUUUCUUUUUUGUAGAAGGCACUCGGCUGCAGUUGUCGAGUUGAGGCAUUAACUAUCCCACAACCCUGUGGAGUUCAGAACUCUGCUGUUUCCUGUGUCCUCUUGCCAUUACAGAAUUUCACAAAUCAUGUAAAUUUGAAAAUAACUUGGCGAUUUUUCUAUCUCUAAAAUUCAAUGUACAUUUGUUACAAUGUACAGUGCUUUUUAACUACACUUGUAUAUUAAAUUAUUUAAUAGUUUUUGCUUUUCAGUAUCUUUUGUAUGUAGCAGAGAUUAAAACAAGGACCUCAUAACUGAAGUUCUUCCUAAUUUUCAAAUGCAUAUGUAAAGUUGAAAAGAAAACUAGAAGUUUACCGUUUACAAAUAAUGUUCUGUUAAGUGCUUGGUCUGUCUAACUUGAUUUGAACAACGUAUUUCUAAUCUUCCUUGUCCUGUCAUUUAAUUCUCUACAGAAACAAACAUGAAGUCUUUUAUGAACUUCUAAAAAAAAUUAUUCUUCUAAAGAUGUAAUUUAGAAAACUGUACAGUUUUUUCUCUAGUAUUUUUAAAUGAGUAGCAAGAACUUAAACAGAAGCAUCUAAUCACUGUUUUGUAGAUAGUGUAAAAACUUAUGUAUGUAUAGAGAACACAGUCUGAAGUACAGCGUUUGCCUGUUGUAUUUCACUUCCUACAGUAUGAACAUCAGAAAGGCCCACAUACACAGACAUCUAGCUCAAUUUUGGGGCAGGGGAGUUAAAACAAAACCUUCAUCCUCUGCCAUUCCAUAUGUGCACUCACUGUGAAGCCACGAGCAAAAAUUAACACUGAAAAAAUAUUAGGGCCUUAAGUUGUUAUGCUGCCUAUGGACACAUGGAGUUCAGCACAAUAUAUUCCAUGUUUUUUCACUGCUUUGAUUUUAUUCAGUUUUCCUAAAUUCUUCAGAAAGUAAAGUUAUGAUAGAAAUGGUUCAGUAAUGUUACCUUUUACUUUACAGAUUGCUGACAUCUCCAAAUCAUGCUAAAUGAACCUGUUAAUGUAACAUGUGGCAAUUCCCGCCACAGUUAUGAGAACUCUUGAGUGAGAAGGAAUUCAAACUGGUAGUUUAGGCUGUACAGAACACUUGGUGAAGUCGGGAUGAAUUAACACCUGUCUGUGCUCUUCUGCUGUCUGUCUUAGCAAGUGUAUUUAAUUGUUUCCUGCAAUGAACCUUAAAUGUUAUGUCAGGUUUGUACAAUGUAUUGUUGUUUGUAGUUCUCCAUAAUUAGCAGGACGUGUACCUUCUGCCAGAGCUCCUUUCUGAAGCUGUAAAUACAGUAACUCAUGUAAUGAGAUGGAAAUGUGGGCAUUAGUUUGUUGCCUAUGUUUCCUCUCGUUUUCUAUAUUAGAAGAAUUUUUAAAUAAAGUUUAAUUUUACUUCUA